CUCCCUCUAUAUCUAUUCCCCUCUGUUCCUUCUGUACUUGGCCAUCACUGUUUGUGAGUCCAAAAUCACUGGCACAAUCCCUGAACCCCAGUAUACUAUAACACCAUCAUGGUGCAAUCAAAGAAGUUCAGAGGUGUCAGGCAGCGUCAUUGGGGUUCAUGGGUAUCUGAAAUUCGCCACCCACUGCUGAAGAGAAGGGUGUGGCUUGGCACAUUUGAAACAGCAGAAGAAGCAGCUAGAGCUUAUGAUCAAGCUGCAAUUUUGAUGAGUGGUCGAAAUGCCAAAACCAAUUUCCCAAUAACCCAAACACCUGAAGGUGACCCAAAGAGCACUAACAGUGAGGACACUCCCUCCACCUCAAAGGAUCUGGAAGAAAUCCUACAUGCAAAGCUUCGAAAAUGUGGCAAGGUACCCUCGCCUUCCAUGACAUGUUUGAGGCUUGACACAGAGAACUCUCAUAUUGGAGUGUGGCAAAAGCGUGCUGGGAGGCGUUCUGAUUCGAACUGGGUCAUGACGGUUCAGCUGGGAAAGAAGAGUGGCAAUGAGGGUAGUAGUGAAGAGAGUGGUAAUAGUAGUAAUCUUCUACCUUCUUCUGAACAACAAUCUCCAUCAGCAGUGAAUGAUCAUCAAGAACUGGUGAGAUCAGAGAUUGAUGAAGAGGAGAGAAUUGCCCUUCAGAUGAUAGAGGAACUCCUCAACGACAGGAACUGUCCUAGCCCAUCAUUUAACAACAUUCAAGAAAGGGAUCAUCAUGACAGCUUCUUCCUUUAAGGCUCUUUCCAUGAAUAACAACGUUAUGGUAUUCACAUGCAUGUUUAAUCUUCAGCAAGGUCAUUAUUUGUGGGAAAAGCAAGUUGUAGCUAUAGACUAUAAAAUAAGUGGUGUCAUAUAUGUCCUAUGUCAUGUCUUAUGUCUAAAAAUAUUUAUCUAUAGGUCAUAAUUAUUUUAAGUGUAGAUAUUUAUAUACAUAUACAUAUACAUUUACAUAUAUAUAUAUACAUGCAUGCACAGCCCAUAUAAGACUUGGGGCAUUG